AUGUCUUAUAUCCGGGAUUGUCCCGAAUUUCGCCUAAGCCGCUCCGACUCCAAGGAUCCUUUCACGACCUGCCAAGGUGUGAGAUCCGACGGUCAAAAAUGUCGCAGAACAGUCAUAUCUGCGAAGGAUGUUUCCAAGAAGGAGGCUGCCGCUACACAGGCGAGUGCUAUGACCGCUGGAAAGACCGAGAUACAAGCAGAGAAGCUGUUUUGUUGGCAACAUAAACACCAAGCCUCGUCGUUUAAAUCGAAGGUUGCUGCUAUUCCUGCUGCGCUGGAAUUACGGAAGAGAUCGAGCAUUGAUACCAUCGUCGAGAGAGUCGGAUUACUGACUGUGAACGAUGGGGGUGCUACAAAGGCUAAAGAUUCGCAACCUAAGGGAUCUCAAAAUACAUUCACUUUAUAUCAAGAAAUAAAGAGGACCCAGAAUCCUACCGAGCAUCGAAGGAAGCCAACCACCCCGCUACAACCGCUGAAAAAUGAAAACGAGCUGCAAAUCCCGGCUACAUCUGCUUCUAAGAAGAAGCCGAGCGCCAGAAGGCGAUUGGUGUGCUUCCUUACAGGUGGCGACGAUAGUGACACUCCGGAAUUAAACGUUCGUCGACGAACUCAACACGUUAGAUCUGCCUCUCAUUCAGAAACCAGGGUUGUGAGGACUCCACCCAGAUACCAGUAUCAGCAUGCGAAAAGGCCUACGACUACCGAUAAUAAAACCUCGAGACGUCACUCUGACAUUAGCCUUCAAAGUCGACAAUCCGAAUCCCGUCAACGCAGCCAAAGACAAAGUAUGCCAUCUCAUGUACCGAGUUCUCAAAGGCCAACUAUGCUAGCAAAUCCAACUACCUCUUCAUCCCAAACCCAAUCUCUACUCUCCUGGAUUCCCACAACCUUAUCACCGGAGACAACGUCGAAACUUCUUCAGAAGCUUUCUGAACCGCUUUCUCCAUCUGAAGAAUGGGGAUAUAUCUAUAUAUACUGUGUCACACCACAAAAGACGGUCCCUUCAGCAGAUGUCCUCCCCUCCCUUAUCCCGCACCGUACAGAGAUUUGUCCCUCAACCCCAGAAAUCUUGCGCUCAGCAGGAAUUUCGCCAAAUCGAACCCAGAUGCACAACCGCACGGCGAAUACUAUAACCCUUAAGAUAGGGCGCGCAGUUAACGUAUCUCGUCGUCUAACACAGCAAUGCGCACAAAAUCUGACCUUGGUUCGAUAUUAUCCAUAUUCUCCAUCUUCGUCUUCAACAAAUUCACCACCUCCCCGAAAGGCGCCAAAUGUUCAUAGAUUGGAAAGACUGACACAUAUUGAGCUAAAUAAUCGGCGGUUCAAGUUACAAGAUCCCUGUGGACACUGUGGGAAGAGGCAUCAGGAGUAUUUUGAGAUCGAGGCAAAUACCGAGCAUUUACGGAUGGUAGAUGAGUGUGUCCGAAGAUGGGUACGGUUUAGUGAGCUAGAUCCGGGCAGAUGA